AUGACCAUACCUCAAUGUAUUGUCUCUCUCUCAGACAAUGAGCUUGAAGGCAGCAUCUCGUACCUCUGCCAGUCCACAUAUCUGCAGCUGCUUGUGCUAUCGAACAACAAAUUUACAGGAGACAUUCCUUACUGUUUGGGGGAGUCGUCACGAGGUCUUCAGUCAUUGAAUCUGGGCAACAAUGGUUUCUCCGGAGCUAUUCCAAGUAGCAUCAGGUUUCUGACUGGGUUGACCGAUCUGGAGCUCAGUAACAAUGGUGUCUUGGGCGAGCCACUGCUGCCGUUGGAGAAUUGCACCAUGUUGAGCUAUGCCCAUCUGGCGGAGAAUAGAUUCACUGGAAGCAUACCACAUUGGAUAGGAGACAAUCUUCCGGCUCUGAUAUAUUUGCAGUUGCGCUCGAACAUGUUCUCGGGGCAAAUUCGGACAGAGUUUGCCAAACUUCAAAGCCUUCAGAUAUUGGAUCUCGCAAGCAACAACUUCUCAGGAGCCAUACCGAUUAACAUUGGCAAUCUUAGUGGAAUGGCUUCAUCACAGGCCACAAUCUUUUUUUCUACAUCUGAUAGACUUACAUGUGUAUUCCAAGGGACAGGAUAUGUACUAUAG